CGACUCGGACGAGCAGCUUCUUCCGCAAAACGACGUCGUAGGACUCAUCGAAGAGGAGAAGAUCAAUGUUGAACCUUUGGCAGAGCUGCCAUCUGGGAUCUCGAAUGCUGAACCUUCAUGGCCGUCGGGACCUUUGGUACAGGAAAGUACAUCCAAUGUUCCACCAGUCGACGAUUUAACUCCCGAGGUGACAAAGCUUGAGGCAGAGACGGACCAGCCAACUCUAAGCGAAUUAGCAAAUGUCAUGAAGCAGGUAUUAGAUGUCCUCCAGGACUCGACGAUUGCAUCGAAGAGUGGAAAGGACGAACGGUCUCGUUUCUGGGGGGUGUACAAAAGAGUCGCAGAGGAACACGACAGCGAGUUCCUCGAGCGAUACACUACUGACAUGGACAUCGUCCUGAUCUUCUCUGGUCUUUUCUCCGCUGUCAGCACGUCUUUCAUUGUCGCGAUGGAGUCAAAUCUCAGUCCCGACCCCAGCGACACCACGAAUGCCCUUUUGAAGCAACUCGUACAAAUCGGACUCGGCAAUCUCGCUGAGGCAGGCUCCACUCCCGUAGACCCAGCAUCUACGUGGUCUCCGACCACGCCAACCUUAUGGAUUCAAGCGAUCGCAUAUGCGAGUUUGUUCAUGAGCUUACUCGCUGCAUUCGGGGCCGUGCUGGCAAAGCAGUGGCUGGGGUACUACAAGUCGAAUAGAUAUGGCCGCGGCUCGCAGGAGGAACGAAGCAAGCGCAGAACUCUCUUCUUCUCUUUGGGAUCGCUCUUGGCGCUAAUUUGUGGUACGAGCAGGCGAGCAUCGCCUGGGUCGUCAUCGGAAUGACAGUUUUCGGAUUUCUGUUUCAUUCCCUGACUGUGAUGGCGUGUUUGAUAUCUCCCGCUUGUCCAUUUCAGACACCGGUAUCAACGUUAUUACACGUGUUGCGCAUCGACAGUGCUCUACACCUGUGGUUCAAACGAACUUUCUGUUAUUUCCAGUGGCUCAUGACGUCACUGCAGGGCCUGCUGGGACGAUUGCUUAGUAUUAUCAGAUCGGGAUGGACCCGAUUGUCUGAAGUAUUUAGAGGCCCUGUGCAUGCGGUAGGUACAUUCACAUGAUGAUCUCU